AUGCUUCGACAAAGUAUUGGUCGCCGACUCCCCGGGGUUGUGAAAACGCCUUCUCUUCAGCCCCAUAUCGCCCGUCGAACAUUUCUUUUCCGACACAACAAGCGACCGCCAACCCGCGCAGUCGAAAAUCUUAACAUCUAUCGCCUUGCUCAGCAGUCUGAGGAGUAUCACCGUCAGCGCCGCAUAUUUCUGUGGUGCGGUACCAUUGCCGGUAUCGUCUCCUUCAUAUAUACUGCAUGGAAGCUGAAGCGUGAACUCGACAAAGGCAUCAAGUUCGAUACUGAAAAACAUUCAGCUUCCGAUCUCCUCUCCGGAGCCAAUGUUGCAGGCCGCCAGGUUAUCGUCCAUGAUGACCAGGGCUGUGAGCUUGUUCCGACAGGAAACAACACCGUGCCUACUUUCCCCCGCACAAUCACCCUCUCAGACUAUAGUAGCAACCCCUCGUCUUCAUCAGCAUUCCCCGGUUCUCCAGCCAGAGAGACAGAGUACACCCUUGUCGGCAUGGGCGUGCGAACCGUCACCUUUGUGAAUCUCCAAGUCUACCUCGUGGGCUACUACGUUGCCACUACCGACCUUGCAGCGCUCCAGUCUGCCCUCAUCAAGCAUGUUAAUCCGAUCGCGACAACUUUGAUCCCGGAAGAACGAGAUCAACUACGUACACAACUACUUGAUAACAAUGAAGGCGAGCGCAUAUGGAAUGACCUUCUCGCACGUGGCAUACCUGCACGGUCCGCGUUUCGCAUCGUCCCCGUCCGUGACACCGAUUUUCACCACCUUCGUGAUGGGUUUGUGCGGGCAAUUCAGGCUCGUGCACCCAGUAUUGCUGGGAACAACGUUGAUGAUGAAGCGUUUGGAGAGGCUGUGCGAAAAUUCCGUGCUGCCUUCAAGAGAGGAAGCGUGCCAAAACGAAGAGAGCUCCUGCUGAUCCGGGAUCAGCAGGGGAAGUUGGCUCUGGUGUACGACAGUGGCAAAAAUGAACGCGGGAGCAGCUCCAGUAGGCAGCUAUUAGGCACAGUGGAAGAUGAAAGACUAACGAGAGCGCUGUGGUUGAACUGGCUUGCAGGGAAAAAGGUAGCCAGCGAGGCUGCAAGAAAGAAUAUUGUGGAUGGGAUCAUGGGCUUCGUUGAACGGCCGGUGGGAACUGUGGAAGCACAAGUCGUGCCCGUAGUAAAGGCAGAGACGUAG